AUGGCGAUGACCUUGACCACACUCGGAAUUGUAUCAGUUGUUUUGGUCUCGAUGCUCCGAGUUGUUGCAGCCGCUCAGUGUAAGGAAAUCGAAUUCACCAGUGACAAGUGUUCAAGUUCGUCCGUGAUCACAAUUGCAAGUCAAAAGGUUUACAAACGAAGCGAAGAUAUUCGAAUCAAGCUGACGGGAUCUCAUUCUGAGGCGACGUGGUUCUGUGGUUCCUCUAAAGAGCGGUUGGCGUGGGGAGAAGCUGCUAACCAAAUACGCGUCAAUUUUCUAUCGGACGGCACAGUACAGUGGACGGUCUACAACUGCGAUGAUCUGUCGGGACCAGAACGACCCGGGAUUGAAUGCUCCGACGAGGCAUUCUCCACUGCGUGUCCCGGCGGGACGAACGGCACUUGCGUCUUCGAGGUGUCCACUUCCACGUCGUUUAUCGAUAAGACAACGACCACUGUUCAGGUGAGCGGGGAAGUCGCUCAGCAAGUGAGUGCAUCCACUACAGCGACAAUCUCCGGCAGUAUCACACAAGAACGGAGCAAGGCAACAGUCGUUACAUUUCAUCAGAAAUCCUAUCUCAUCAUACCUGCUGGUUUUAAAUUUUGUUCUUUCAGCGAUGCCAAAAGCGUAAAGGACGUCCUUGCUCCGACCGGAUACAAGUGGCAGUGCUCGCUCACCAAGUUUGUGCAAGCUAAGUUAAGUUACAACGGACCAUGUUCCAGUCUGACCAAGUGUUCUAAAAAUGUUUGUAGCGCUGAGAGGUCUGGUGCAGCAAAGUCAGCAGUCAGUUUCCUGCUUAUCAUGAUUACUCAUGCAGCUGUCGUGAUCGUUGCAUUUUGA